UGUGUGUGUCUUUAGGGUUUAAAGCAUUAAUUGCAUCAUGACAACCUCACAUACUGUUACUUCCUUUGAGCUAAGAGGGUGUGCAACAUCGCUGGCGGCGCUGACCUCCCCAAUCAUGGAUGACUUCUCCUACCAGGAUGAUUACUUUCUGAAAUUCAACUUCAGCAAUACUUCGGACUACAACUUCACGUUUCCCGACUUACCCGACUCAAUGAUUCCCGAGAUUCAACCCAUCCAGAUCGCGGCCCUGACCUGUUACGCCAUCGUGGUUCUGUUCGGGGUUCCUGGAAACGCCAUCGUGGUGUGGGUGACCGGCUUCAAAAUGCCCCCCUCGGUGACGUCCAUCUGGUUCCUCAACCUGGCGCUGGCCGACCUCCUGUGCUGCCUCUCGCUGCCUCUGCUCAUGGUGCCUCUGACCCACGACGACCACUGGCACUUUGGCGCCCUGGCCUGCACGCUGGUCAAGGGCUUGUUCUACCUGGUGAUGUAUUGCAGCGUCCUGCAGCUGGUCUUCAUCAGUCUGGAUCGGUGCUUGCUGGUGGUCCGGCCCAUCUGGUGCCACAACUACAGGCGCCCCAGGUACGCCGUGAUCGGCUGCGUGGUGGUGUGGUGCCUGGCCCUCAUCGGGAGCAUCCCGCAGUUUGUCCACGCCAAGGAGGUCCCGCUGGGCGAGUACAAGCGAGAAUGCCUGUCGAAGUACAGCAUCCGGAGCGCCUGGACCGUCACCAUAUGCCGCUUCCUGUUCGGAUUCGUCCUGCCGCUCCUGGCCAUCGUCAUCUGCCACUGGGUGGUCUACAGGAAGGCCGACAGUAAAAAGGCGCAUAAGAGUCCUCGCUCCAAGCGGACGCUGAGGAUCAUCGUCGCCGUGGUGCUCACCUUCUUCCUGUGCUGGCUCCCUCUGCACGUCGUAGACUUCCUCUACCUGGUAACCCCGCGGAGUUCCCACCGCAGCCCUUCGGUCUACCUGGCCCACGUUCUGACGCUGGGCCUGGCGUACUUCAACAGCUGCCUCAACCCGCUGCUUUACGUGUGUCUGGGCCGAGGCUUCAAAGACAGCAUGAACCGCUCCCUGUGCAACAUCCUGCACUUGCUGGGCGAGGACCCCGGAUCCAGGAGCACCACGUCUACUCAUGAAACCAAGGCCACCAGCUCCACGGACAAGGAGUUGACCAAUGUGUGAUGGCGAACAGACAUUGACACACGGAUUAGUACACAGUUCUUUCCCUUCCUUUUAAUAGACCUGUUGGGCCUUAUUCUACUCAAAUAUGUGAUAAUAUGUUGCCAACAAACUCUUAAUCCAUGUCUUAUUCAACUAUUUAUUCCUGCUUUGUGAAGAACUGCUUGUUCGAUUGCAACAGUGUCGCUAACGUUUACUUCAUUUCCUGUUUAUGUCCAGGCACUGUAAAGCUCAAAAACCACAAGGGAAAUUGCAGACUCAUACCGCCAUCCAUUUUCUAAUAAGUUGUUAUGACCACAAAAUUAUUAAAUGACAAAACACAGUUUGAGAUGGAGAUAUCCAAUUUUACAUAAGAUGCUGUAUUUUGUUGUUGUUGGCUUUUUUUUUUUUUUACUCUGUCCCCUCUUAAUAGGUGAUGCUGCUGUUACUGUAACCAUCAUUGUUUGUUUUUGCUGUUAUCUAUCAUAAUUGUGUUUUUUUUACGAUGUUAUCUGUCCCCUCUUAAAGAAUCCUGUUGUUUUCAAUAUUAUAUAAAUGAUAAAUGAUAAAUGGGUUGUACUUGUAUAGCGCUUUUCUACCUUCAAG